UACCGUCCAUGUUCAGUCACUUACUAGGAAGGAUCCAGCUCAGUCCAACAUUCCAAACACAGAGGGACCUGGCCUAUCUUGUAUGACAUGGGGCCCACCUUGGCCCUGAUAUUUCUGUUCUUGAUGCCAAUAGGAUGUUCAUCUCAAGCUUGUGAGGUUCUUAACAAAUUUCCAAAAAUUGAAGAAAACAGUCCUGUGGGGACUCUAGUAACAGAGAUAUUACUUGGAACGGGCUACACAGUAAAUGUGGAACCACGGGAUACAUUUAUGAUGAAUGGAUCACAAUUGCAAAUGAGUCGAGAAGUGGACUUUGAGGUUGAUCAACUGGUAAGAGCUACGUUGACAUGCAAUUUGAAUGAAGGUUUUGCGGGCAUAGAAGACCUUGUUGUGGAGAUACUUGAUGUAAAUGAUAAUGAAUGUAAAUUCAAGCGGGAUAAUUACAGCUUUAUCAUCUCAGAGGCUCUACAAGUUAACAGUUCAAUAGGUAAUGCGAUUGAAGCUGAAGAUGCUGACCAGGAUACCCUCUACUAUACGCUAAGUGGCAAUGUGAAUUCUCUUGCAUACUUUCGCCUCUCCUCUGAAACCAACCCGGUUAUCCUAGUGAAUAAACGUCUGGAUUUUGAUGACGCUCCUAAUGUAAAUCUGAAUCUUACUGUACGGGAUAGGCUGGAUCCUACAGAACGUCCUAUCCACAGCGCUACAGCAAGCAUAAUGAUCGACAUAGUAGACGUAGAUGAUAAACCGCCGUUCUUCAUGCCAUGCACAGCGAUCUCAACAAAAAUAUGUAUCAACUAUGGCUACACAGGCAGCGUGACCAGGACUGAACAAGAAACAGGACCUCUGAUCCUCUCACCAGGACCUAUAUAUGCGGUGGAUGGGGACUGGGGAAUUGGUGCUUCUGUUGAAUAUAGCAUCCUCAAUGGAAACAAUGACAAUGUGUUUAAUGUUCACACAACAUCUGGAAACAUAACAAUGAACAAAGCAGUGAAUACCUUGGGAAAUUUUAUAUUGCAGGUUAUGGCUUACCAAACUGAUGAUCAAGCAAAAUAUUCUACAACCUCAGUUAUAAUUGAAGUAAAAGAAAAAAACAACUUCCUACCAACUUUUGAAAAGUCUAUUUACUACGGAAUGAUCCCUUCAGAUUCUGCAAUUGGAACUUUUGUUUUGGAUUUAAAUGACCGACUUAGAACACUUGUAGUGUUUGCAGCUGAUGAUGACUUCCCAGAUAAACAGAAUCCAUCUUUGGUAUAUACGAUAGAUAACAGCACUGCUUUUAGAAUUCUCCGGGAUGGCUACAUUUUGACCGAUGCUGUAAUCACCACUCCAGGCACUAUUGUACUACAAGUGUCUGCAACUGACAGUUCAACAAAUGAGAAGGCCACAACCUUGGUCUCAGUGGAAGUUAUUGCAGCUACCACCACUAUUCCUACUACUACUACUACUACUACUACUACAAAAUCUCCUACAGCAACUAAUAUAGGUACCACUACCACCACAACACCUGGUACUGGUACAACAACAACUACUACAAAAGGUACCGGCACAACUACAACAUCAACUCCUGGAACCGGCACAACAACUACCAAGGGUACAGGCACCACCACAACGCCAACUCCUGGAACUGGCACAACAACAACUACUACCAAGGGUACAGGCACCACCACAACUUCAACUCCUGAAACUGGCACAACAACAACUACUACCAAGGGUACAGGCACUACCACAACUUCAACUCCUGGAACUGGCACAACAACAACUACUACCAAGGGUACAGGCACCACCACAACUUCAACUCCUGGAACUGGCACAACAACAACUACUACCAAGGGUACAGGCACCACCACAACUUCAACUCCUGGAACUGGCACAACAACAACUACUACCAAGGGUACAGGCACUACCACAACUUCAACUCCUGGAUCUGGCACAACAACUAUUACUACUAAGGGUACAGGCACCACCACAACUUCAACUCCUGGAACCGGCACAACAACAACUACUACCAAGGGUACAGGCACCACCACAACUUCAACUCCUGGAACUGGCACAACAACAACUACUACCAAGGGUACAGGCACCACCACAACUUCAACUCCUGGAACUGGCACAACAACAACUACUACCAAGGGUACAGGCACUACCACAACUUCAACUCCUGGAACUGGCACAACAACAACUACUACCAUGGGUACAGGCACCACCACAACUUCAACUCCUGGUACAGGCACAAUAACAACCACUACCAAGGAUACAGGCAGAACUAUAACUUCAGCUCCUGCUACUGGUAUAAUACCAACUACCUCUAAUGGUAUAAGCACCAUCACAACUAGAACUUCCGACACAGGCACACCGACAACAAUAUCUCCUGGUGCUGGCACAACACAAUCCACCGAUACCAGAACAGAGUUUACGGAGAAAGCCUUGUCUUCUUACACUGCCACCGACAUGGCAGCACUCGGUGCCUCCUUGGGAGCCAUCCUUGCCCUGUGUCUAGUUUUACUGGGCUUCCUUAUUCACAAACAAUAUGGGAACUCAAUAAAAAGGAAGCUCGGAAGAGGUUUAGGAGAUAAUUCUGGAAGCCCCCAAAACAGCGCUGAGCAACUUAUAAAUGACACUGAUGAUCCAGCCAAUGAUUUUCCAGAUUAUGGUGGUUUCGCCACGACAGAACCUGUAUCUACCAGUGUAACCAUAGCUACUGAUGCUGCAUUAGGCAGUGCUCCUUCACAAAGUGAUCCAGCUGAUAAUCAGCCUUCUGAAAUAGUAGAAAGUGAUGAUUCAGAUGACAAGAAGGUGAAGUCUAUCUUAACUAAGGAGCUUAAGGAAGAUGCUGGUUAUAAAGCAGUGUGGUUUAGGGAAGACGCUUCCCCGGAGGUGGUGGUGAUAGAGGGCGUCGAAGAUGGUGAAGCAGAUGACUAUGACAAUGAAGAUAAUUUUGACAACCAACAAGGAGAUGAUGAAGAUGAUGAUGAUGAUGAAGAGGACUUGGACCCGACAUUCAAUCUUACAGAUAACCAGCCUGAGAAUAGUAUAUUAUGAGCUAUCAGUUCUAAUUUUUGAACACCUAGGAGUAUUUGGCAAUAUGAUAUAAUAUAUCUGUGCUGUCUAAUGUCCAUAACAUGUCUUUAAUGAACUGACCAAUAAUACUGGAUAGUACUAAAGAACUCAAUUUAUGUUUAUAAAAAGGGAGCUCAAAAUUG